AUGCUGGGUCCGCGCUUGAUUCGCCCGGCGACAGCCUCGCUGGCGCGGCCCUUCAGCUCCUCCGCCGCGGCCUACCGCGCGCCCUCCAUCAGAGACCUCACAUCCAACUCGGCUGAAGAGUUCUCUCGCCGGCAGAAAGAGUUUCGCGAGAACCUCGAGGAGGCCCGCAAGAGAAAGGAACUGCAAGAGAGUCAGUCUGUCGCUGCUUCUAGUUCUGCCCCUUCAUCUUCUAUUUCCCGUGAGUCUGCUCCCACUGCUCCGCGUGUGAGCAAUGCGAGCACUUAUGUACAAUAUCGCCCUGCUUUUGAUGCGGCUGAGGCUCUUGAUCACGAAGCAAUGGGCUCACUCGCCACACACCGCUUUCUAGGAGAAGAACAAGCGUCCGAGACAGCAUCGAAACGCGGCGCUCUGUCCUCGCUCAUCUACGGCACCAAAGAAGGUCAACAUUUCGACAAGGACAUCGAGCGGUCUUUCUCGCAGGUGUUAGCCCGCGGCAAGUACGUUCAUUCCGUGGUGUUCCAUGAUGUCAAACCCGACAAGGUCGAUGAAUAUGUGGAGCUAGUGGGCCAAUGGUACCCCCGCAUGGCCAACGCCGAGGAAAACCGGGUCAAUUUGGUGGGCAGUUGGCGCACGCAAGUUGGUGAUAACGACACGUUUGUUCAUAUCUGGGAAUACCAGCGCUACGAAGGCUACCAUGCCUCCCUACACAACAUCGCCAGUCACCCCGAGUUUCCCGAGUUCGACCGCAAGCUCAAGAGUCUCAUCAAGAGCAAGAAGACUUCCUUGAUGCAAGAGUUUUCGUUCUGGCCCACCACGCCGCCGCGUAAGUUGGGUGGACUGUUUGAGCUUCGAUCAUACACCUUACAUCCGGGCAACCUUCUGGAAUGGGAGACGCACUGGCGCCGUGGGCUGCAUGCCCGUCGAGAGGUCAUGGAAGGUGUUGGCGCGUGGUUUGUCCAGAUUGGCGACUUGAACACGGUCCACCACCUGUGGCAGUUUGCCAACCUGGAGGAGCGCAAGAUCCGCCGGGAGCAGUCGUGGGGCGUCGAGGGAUGGGCUGAGACGGUGCACAAGACCGUUCCCCUCAUUCAGAGCAUGCAGAGUCGGAUCCUGGUCCCGAUGCCCUGGAGCCCGGUCGGUUAA